UUCCUGCGCGCCCGCUUCACCCUUUGGCUGCUGCUCCCUUCUCCGUGGGCAGGCAAAGCGGGAAACGUGUUAGUAGAAAAUGAAAAUGGAUUGCCGAAGCAGUCCUCCCCAAGCAUUUUGCUGAAACCAAGAGGAGGGAGAGGCACCUACCCUAACCCUUAGCUCGAUCGAUCGGAGACCUCGCUCGCUCGGUCGGAUGGCGUCGUUCGAGGAUGCGCCGCCCGGCGAUGCCAAGUCCGGGCACAAGAUCUUCCAGUCCAAAUGUGCCCACUGCCACACCGUCGAGAAAGGAGCUGGCCACAAGCAUGGUCCUAAUCUUCAUGGCCUUUUUGGGAAGCAAUAUGGGACAACUCCUGGUUAUUCCUAUUCCACCGCAAGCAAGAACAUAGAUGUGAUAUGGGAAGAAAAUUCUUUGUACGAUUACCUGCUGAAUCCAAAGGAGUACAUUCCUCUGAAGAAGAAGUUCCCCGGCAUGAAGAACCCUCAGGAGCGUGCAGAUCUGAUUGCCUACCUCAAGGAAGCCACAACUUCCUAAAUCAUCCAUCAACCCAUCUUCCCAAGUAAAGAUGUCAACUUGUGGCAAUUUUUAUUUGAAAUAUGUAAAUAAAAAUUUUGAUGCCCUUAGUAUACAAUUCAAUGAUGAUAAAAGAUCCAUCUUCGCACGAGUUUGUGCACUAUUGG